AGUUUCCCCCAAAGCCAGAGCGCGAAAUCAAGUAUCUCCUGGCAGAACCGAAGCAAAGCUCCAUCUUCCCCCCGCUGCACCGCCUUCUGGGUACUCUGAUGGAUAGCCUACCUGACCAAUCAGCGCGCCGCGCACGCGCACGGGCUCGUCCCCGUGGACACACGUGCGUACUGUGCUUGCUUCGCAAUGGGUGUCUUACGGCCUUGGUGCCGGGUUUCGGGGAGCUGGCGGCCGGCGCUGGGAGGCAACCCACUUCCUCCUGGCGUCGGAUGCAACCUAGAGGCUCCCGCAAGCCAACCGGCCCGGGCGAGGACCAGCCCUUUCCGGGGCUGCUGCGCCCAGAAAACCAGGAAGAGCUGGCAGAUGUGUUGAGAGCAGUUGUGGUGGACCAGCAAGGACCUCUGGUGACAUUGAACAAGCCACAGGGCCUGCCUAUAACAGGAAAACCAGGAGAGCUGACAUUGCUGUCAGCGCUGCCACAGCUGAGCCAGUCCCUGGGGCUCCGAGAGCAGGAGCUGCAGAUUGUCCGGGCACCUGGGAAGGAGGCCUCUGGGCUUGUACUCCUCUCCAGCUGCCCCCAGACAGCAAGCCACCUGCAGAAGUUCUUCACCCACUCAAGGAGAACCCAGAGACCCACAGCUACCUACUGUGCCAUCACCAAUGGUGUCCCGGCUCCUCCCAAGGGGACAAUCCAAAUGGCUCUGAAGCUGGAACACAUGGAUGGCAUGCAUCUUGCAGUCCCAGUGACAUCACCAUCCCGAAAGGACAUACUGGAAGGUGUCAAGAGGACCCUCAGCUGCUUCCAAGUGAUGGCCACAGGCUAUGGCUGUGCCCUGGUCCAGCUGCAGCCACUCACAGUGUUCCCUGGUCAGCUGCAGGUGCACAUGGCUCUACAGCUCUGCCCAGUGCUUGGGGACCACACUUAUGCUGCUCGUGUGGGCACUGUCCUGGGCCAGCGUUUCCUGUUGGCAGCCAAGAGCACCAAGCCGCAGAGACAGGCCCUAGACGAAGCCCUUCUCAGAUGCCUCCACCUGACUCCUUCCCAGGCUGCCCAGCUGCCCUUGCACCUCCACUUGCACCGCCUCCUCCUCCCAGGCACCAGGCGUAGGGACCCCCUCCGUGAGCUUUUGGCACCCCUGCCCGCAUACUUCUCCCAGACUCUGCAGUGCCUGCGACUCUCCCCAUAAUAGACUGCACCUGACCCCCAACUGAAAAACAGACCAGAGUGGGAAGGGCAGUGGCCUGGCUCAAGGAGAAUGGGGUUGGUGCUGAACAUGGUACAAAACUGUGGGUUGAGGUCCUGGGCUCUUUAGUUGGACAAAUCUAAGAUCAAAUUCCAGUUAGACCACUUGCUUAUCAUGUGGUUUUGGGCAGGCAACUUCUCUCUGGACUUGAGAUAAUAAAAGUUCCUACCUCCUGGUCUGGUUUUGAGGA